GCGCCGCUUGUCGGCGUGACGUUUUUUGAAGUCAAAGGCGGGAACCGAAAGGAGGGACGCGCAAAGGUGACGGAACCGCCGGACUGGUUUUUUUUUUUUCUUCUCCGCUCCUGGUCGGCGACGCUGACACAGCCAUGACAAGGACAGUCUCUAUUAAGGAGGCCUUUGAGCAAGCUCAAAAACCUCAUCAGAGUCAUGGAAAGCUAGUGACAUCUUUGAAGCAUGCCUACAAUAAGUUGCAGGACAAAACGCAUUUUCACGAGGAGUUUGUUCAUUACCUGAAGUAUGUCUUGAUCAUCUACAAACGAGAACCUUCCGUAGAACAAGUGAUCAACUUUGUGGCCAAGUUCGUGGUUUGCUUUUAUGAGCCUGAGAAAGAUGCCAAAGAGGAAGAAGAAGUGGAGAAUUCGCUUUUGAAUUAUUUGUUCAACUUUCUUGUGGAGUGUCACAACGCCAAUAGCAAAGCAGUUAGAUUUCGAGCGUGCCAACUUGUUAAUAAACUUCUGGGGAGCCUGCCGGAGAACGCUCAGAUUGAGGAUGAGCUGUUCGAUAAGAUCAACGGUGCCAUGCUAGUUCGAGUGAAGGACCGCAUUCCGAAUGUGAGAAUCCAGGCUGUGCUGGCCCUGUCCAGACUUCAAGAUCCAAAGGACAGUGACUGCCCAGUAGUGAAUGUUUACUGCAGCUUGAUUGAGAAUGACUCCAAUUCAGAAGUCAGGCGUGCUGUGUUGUCGUGCAUUGGUCCGUCAGCUAAAACGCUGUCAAAAAUUGUCGGCCGCACCAUGGAUGUCAAAGAAGCAGUCAGGAAAUUAGCUUACCAGGUUCUGGCAGAAAAGGUCCAUAUGAAAGCUUUGACGAUUGCUCAGAGGGUCAGAAUUCUGCAGCAAGGGCUUAAUGAUCGAUCAGAUUCCGUGAAGGAAGUGGUGCAGAAGCGGCUUCUUCAGGCCUGGCUACGUCUGGCCGAGGGGAAUGCCCUGGAGUUGCUUCAUCGGCUGGACGUGGAGAGUUGUCCCGAAGUGGGCGUUUCAGCCCUCGGCGCCAUGUUUUCACUGUCUCCGUGUAGUGACUUGAUUAAAAAAUUUUCGGAUCUUGAUGACAGGAAAGUGGUUCCAGUGGAGAAACUAACAGCUGAGAAUGCUUUAUUCUGGAGGGUUCUUUGUGAGUACCUAAAAUCCAAAGGAGAAGAUGGCGAAGAGUUUUUAGAGCACCUUCUGCCAGAACCCGCUGUAUACGCAGAUUAUGUGUUAAGCUAUCUUCAGAAUGUGCCAGUUCUCAGUCCAGAAGAGAAGGAAGACAUGACCUGCGUAGAACACCUGAUGACCAAAGAAUUUAUAGGUCGGCAGCUGAUCCUUAUGAUAGGCUGUAUGGACACCACUGAAGAAGGAGGAAGGAAAAGACUGUUGACUGUCUUGCAAGAAAUCCUGAUGAUCCCAACUUCCGCAGUGUCUCUUGUACCACCAGUUACGGAGAAGCUGCUCAGUAUUCUGAAAGAUGAUGAUAGAAGAAUACAGAUUGUUGCCGAAACCAUUUCGGAGGUUCGUGAAGCGCUCGUUACAGUCGACAAGCCUGUAGAUGCAGCUUCAGUAAGAAAGCAACAACUGAAGCUGGCUGAAAUAAAAGUGAAGCUGAUGGAAGCAAAAGAUGCCCUCGAGCAGAGCGUGGCUGUCCAGGACUUCAGCCAGGCCUCGUUGCUGAAACAGAGAAUCCUGGAGUUGGAAGGCACCAAAAGCGAGCUGUUAAGAGAGGCAGAGGAGCCUCAGACAAAAGAAAUAAGCGUGGAAAAGGACGAUCCCGAAACCCUGCUGAAAUGUCUGACCAUGUGCAACGAACUCCUUAAACAGCUCUCCCUUUCCAAAGGAUUAGGCCCAACGAUGGAUGGGAUCACCGAAUCUUUGGUGAUUCCAGGGAUUACUAAUGUCCAUCCAGCUGUAAGGAACAUGGCAGUGUUGUGCUUGGGCUGCUGCGGGCUGCAGAGCAAAAACUUCGCCAGCCAGCACCUCCCCUUGCUAUUGCAGGUACUUCAGAUUGAUGAAAUGAAGGUGAAGCUCAGCGCCUUAAAGGCCAUCUUUGACCAGCUGAUGAUAUUUGGAAUAGAGCCGUUCAAAGCAAAAAAAGGCGGGGAUUCUCAUGGCAGACGGGGGGAGGAGGGCGAAGACGGACCGUCUGCAGAGCUGGCGGAAGAAGAAGCGGAAGAAGAAGAAGAAACAGUCACCACCCACAACCUCCUUCAGCUUCUUUCAGGGUUCUUAGACAGUGAGUGUACUGAACUCAGGACCGAGUCUGCCGAAGGCCUGGCCAAGCUGAUGUUCUCCGGGCGACUGAUCAGUGCCAAACUCCUCUCUCACCUUAUUUUGUUGUGGUACAAUCCCGUGACUGAAGAAGACACUCACCUCCGGCACUGCUUGGGCGUUUUCUUCCCUUUAUUUGCCUAUUCAAACAGGGCCAACCAGGAAUGCUUUGAGGAAGCUUAUCUGCCGACACUGCGGAUCUUGUUCAACGCUCCGGCCUCCUCGCCUUUGUCCGAAGUAGAUGCGAGCAACGUUUCCGAGCUCUUCGUGGACUUGACGAGACCGAGCGGGCUGAAUCCAAGUGCCAAGGCUUCCCAGGGAUUCCAGGGUUUGUCGGUGCAUGAUAGCUUAGCCGUGAAAAUCUGCAAUGAAAUCGUAGAGGAUCCAAGUGCACCAGAUGUCCGCAUCUAUACCAAAGCUUUGAGCUCCUUGGAAUUAAAUCCAGACUUUUCCAAAGACCUCCUGAUUCUGCUUGACAAGAUUCUUGAGGUUGUGAAAGAUAAAACGUGUCUAAGAAUUAUCGAAAAAGUGAAGAGCAGGUUAAAUAAAGGCGCCCGUGUCAGCGGAGAAGCCUCUGAAACAACACAAGAGGUUGACUUGUCUCCAGGAACUCGAGACACGCAGCAAGAAAGCGACGGGUCAACGCUUAAUUCCAGUCGUCAAGAUGAAGGAAAAAAAGAAAUGGCCGAAGCUGGAGGGAGCUCAACCACAAAGCUGCGAUCGACAAGAAGCAAAGGUCUGAGGAAAGCAACAGCAGAAGCCAAGUCUGUGCCCAGAAGGAGAAACAGCAGAAGUGCCAGGUCCGAAAGUGGAGGGGAAGCCAGUGAGCAGCCGGCCCCACCGACAAAUCCAAGAUUGUCUCGCCGAGCGAAAACAGCAGCUCUGGAGAAAACCCGAAUGAAUCUGUCAAAGCUUCUGGACCAAGAAUCGGCUGAAUGACGAAUAGACCAAGGGAUGCCGCGGACCCAUUUUUAAAAAUGUCUGUGUAAACUAACAGUCAAACAAAAACCAUCGUAACUAACGUUCAGAAUGGACCAGCAGAAGCAGAGCACAAAAUGUGUACAAAAUAUGACCUGUUUUAAACCAGGAUUAUCUCCUGUAUUUGAAAAAAAAAAAACAUGUCCUUGAGCAGCUAUUUUUUAAAGUAUAGCGUAUCAUGUGGAUGUUUAUGAAAGCAACUGGUCUGAAAAAGACCACCCAGGUGAUACUUUAAAUGCAACUGAAUUCCAGCUGAGAGUGCAGGUGGAAACCCCUUGUCCUAUUCAUAUAAAAUAAAAUUCCCUUUUGAUUCUAAA